AUGGUGGUUGAGAGUCGUUACCCUCCGACCACCAUGUGUGGCCGCUUUGCAUUACGCGUAGAUAGACACCUAAUACAGGAACUGGAGGGCUAUGACGCUGAAGUUGACGAGUGGAUCGACGAAGAAGAGUUUAUUCCACGAUACAACAUCGCACCACGUACUCAAGCUCCAGUCAUCAGGCAUAGAGAUCCUGGUCUUUCACAAUCAACGAAUAAUGAUAGCCAUGUGGUCAUACAGACUAUGAAGUGGGGUCUAGUUCCACAUUGGAGCAAGUUCGAGGACAAGACAUUGAACACGACGAACGCGCGUUCAGAGAAUCUUGUGGAAGGCGGUGGCAUGUGGGCUAGUAUUAAAGGGAAGAAAAGAUGCGCAAUACCAUGUCAAGGAUAUUACGAAUGGCUCACAAAAGGGAAGGACAAAUUUCCUCACUUCACUAAGCGUAAAGAUGGACGGUUACUUCUCAUGGCCGGCCUCUACGACUCCGUCGUUCUAGAAGGAAAAACCCUUUGGACGUUCACAGUCGUCACAACCGAUGCGAAUAAGGAGUUCUCCUGGUUGCACGAUCGGCAGCCGGUCUUUCUGACGAAUCAUGAUGCACUUUUUCGAUGGCUAGACACUUCUUCUCAAGCAUGGACGCCUGAGCUUUCGAAGAUGGUUCAGCCGUAUCACGACGCGUCCACACCGCUCGAAUGUUAUCAAGUCCCUAAGGAAGUUGGCAAAGUUGGCGGGGAGUCUUCAACCUUCAUCGAACCCAUCACCGGUCGCAAGGACGGGAUUCAAGCGAUGUUUUCUAAGCAAAGACAGACAAUGCAAAGCUCUUCUCCGACAAAAACGCCUUCCGCAAAGAGAAGGCUCGAGUCAAGCCCUUCGUCAGAAAGAACAGAUGGCCAACCGUCUCCUAAGAAGCAGCACAAAAUGGACCAUGGCAACGAUUCAACGCAGCCUGAAAGUGCGAAGGCCGUGGUCAUUGAUGUCGAUGUGCCUAGUUCAUCGCAGGCUGACGGAAAGGCCAAAGUGAAGGGCUCACCGAAGAAGCGGAAGAUGGUUAAUGCCCCUGCGGGAAAUAAGAAGAUUAGCUCGUUCUUCAGCAAAUCCUAG